AUGGCCAUCACGAUUUUGCCUCCCGUUGUAGAGGACCUCGGUCCCUACCAAUCUGACUCCGACGAGUCCAUGUCCGACAAUUCAGACUCCGAUAUUGAAAUGAGCGGCGUCACCCGAUCAAACAAGCGGGCCCGCCUGGGAAGUAAGAAUGCUGGCAAAGGAAUUGUGACACCUGGCGAAGUUGUCACUGAUGAUCCCCAAUGGAUGAGAGGUCACGGCACUUUCACAAACCCUUUAUCGACAUCUAUUGUAGCCACUGUCGCCGGUACCGUUCAAAAAACCAACAAACUGCUCUCAGUCCACCCACUGCGAGCACGAUACACACCCGAAAUCGGUGAUCUAGUCGUUGGUCGCAUUGUCGAGGUGCAAUCUCGACGUUGGAAGGUUGACGUCGCCGCCCCCCUCCUUGCACAACUUCCUCUAUCCGCAAUCAACUUGCCCGGUGGUAUCCUGCGAAGAAGAACAAGCGCCGACGAGCUUCAGAUCCGAACUUUCUUCUGCGAGGGUGACUUGGUAGUAGCUGAGGUGCAGAGCGUUCACCAGGAUGGUGCGGCAUCAUUGCAUACACGGUCUUUGAAAUACGGAAAGCUUCGCAAUGGUAUUUUCCUAGCCGUCACCGGGACCGGUGGCAGUGGGGCAAAUAGCUCUAGUGUGAAGGGCGGCGUUGGGUCUUUGGCAGUCCCGGGAAAUGCAACUGGCACUGGUGGAGUCGUACGAUCACGACGACAGGUAUGGACGCUGGAAACACACAAUGGUGGCGGUGAGGUGGAUGUAUAUCUCGGCGUUAAUGGCUAUAUCUACAUCGCCAAGCAUGCGGACGGUGCUGCCGCGACAACAUCGGCUUCAGAGAACGUUGCGAUUAGUCGCAUGGAGGAGAUGGUGUCAAGUUCAAUCUACUCCAGCCAGAACGAUGAGAUCCCUCCCCAGACACGGAGGGAGAUUGCACGUUUGGCACAGAGUAUCCAGGUGCUGGUGCAAGGUGGUGUGCGCGUGGAUGAAGACACCGUGAGACAGGCCUAUGAAGCUAGUCAGCAAGUUGAUUUGGAGGUCGGAGAUGAUGAUGAGGAUGAGCACAGCGAGGGCCGAGAAUAUCUCGAGGGCUCCAAGGCUCGGCGGAUUCUAGAGUUGGUGGUGCAUGGGAAUUAG